AAGAGGCUCUGGCAGGGCGGCUGGGCACCACAAGCGCAGGAAGAGGCCACACCAUGCCCCUCUCCACUGCACCCAGCACGGGCCUGAGGGCGGCUCACGCAGGCCUCCUGGUCCUGCUGCUGCUCCCGAGCUGUGCUGCGUCCACACUGGCCUGCUACUACACGAGCUGGUCCCAGUAUCGCCAGGGGGCCGGCAGCUGCUUCCCAGAUGCCAUCGACCCCUUCCUCUGCACCCACAUCAUCUACAGCUUUGCCAACAUCAGCAACAACGAGAUCGACACCUGGGAGUGGAACGAUGUGACCCUGUAUGACACGCUGAACACACUUAAGAACAGGAACCCCGCCCUGAAGACCCUCUUGUCGGUAGGAGGGUGGAACUUCGGUUCUCAAAGGUUUUCCAGAGUAGCCUCCAACACCCAGCACCGCAGGACGUUCGUCAGGUCGGUGCCGCCGUUCCUGAGGGCCCACGGCUUUGACGGGCUGGACCUCGCCUGGCUCUACCCCGGACGCAGGGACAAGCGGCAUCUCACCACGCUGGUCAAGGAGAUGAGGGCCGAGUUUGCGAAGGAAGCCCGGCAGGGCUCAGAGCAGCUGCUCCUCAGCGCCGCGCUGCCUGCUGGGAAGGUGGCCCUAGAUGGAGGCUAUGACGUCGCCCGGUUGGCCCAACACCUGGACUUCAUCAGCCUCAUGACGUACGACUUCCAAGGAGCCUGGCGCCAGAGCACCGGCCACCACAGCCCCCUGUUCCGGGGCCCGGGGGUGGCAAGUGCUGACAGGUUCAGCAACGCUGACUACGCCGUGGGCUACAUGCUGAGGCUGGGGGUCCCGGCGAAGAAGCUGCUGAUGGGCAUCCCCGCCUUUGGGAGGAGCUUCACGCUGGCCUCUUCUGAGACCGGUGUGGGGGCCCCCAGCUCGGGGCCGGGGACACCAGGCCAGUUCACCCAGGAGGAAGGGACGCUCGCCUACUAUGAGAUCUGUGACUUUCUUCGAGGAGCCACAGUGCACAGGCUCCCCGGCCAGCAGGUCCCCUAUGCCACCAAGGGCAACCAGUGGGUGGGGUAUGACGACCAGGAGAGUGUCAAAACCAAGGUGCGGUACCUGAGGAGCAGGGAGCUGGCUGGAGCCAUGGUGUGGGCCCUGGACUUGGACGACUUCCGGGGCACCUUCUGUGGCCAGAACCUGCACUUCCCGCUCACAAGUGCCAUCAGGGAUGCCCUUGCUGCGGCUUAGUGCUCUGCCCUCCGGCACUCGUAGCUCGGGGGUGCCCCUCGACCUGCAGUCCUGCUCCUCGGGGGGCCGGUCAGUUGCCCUGCUGAGCCCCAUCUCCUCCCCUGCGGCCCAUGCAGAGGCCACAGCUCUGAGCUCAGCUACGUGGACACGCAGGUGGCUGUGGGGCAGUGAGGGCUGGGGACCCACAGUGUCAGACGAGGCACAGAGCACAUGGCCGAGAAGUGAAAGCGCUUGUGACCGAAAGCCCAGCUCCCUUCCCCGGGCCCCCAGUCUGAGGCCACAGCCAGCACCAGGCUUUGUCCAGAAAGUGGUGACCACGCCCUCCGCAAGGCCCACCUUCCCACCUGCAGCCGCAGCGUCCUUGUGUCUCCCCUCCUGGCUCCACGGCGGCUCAAUAAAGUAUCAGCGCUCCAGCGUGCGGGGCUCGCCCCAGCCCGUCUCUGAGGCCCGUGGGCCUGACCGCCCCGUCGCUUCUGGGCUCCUCUCCCCUGGGCUGGGGGGCCCUGAGCCUGCAGAAGGGGACACGGAGUCCCAAAGGAGACCAGGGUCAGCCCCCCGCCCCCUCCCCUACCUCCUGGGACACCCUCAGCAGAGACCACGGCUCCUCCACACAGGCUGCCCCGGGCACGUGGGGGGCUGCACAGCAAUGGGGACGGCUUGCCUGGUGUCCAGGGUCCAGACGCAGCUAGGGACCCAGGGACCUCGUUCGUGCAGUGUGGGCUCUGGGACCUGGCCCAGUGGUUCUGGAGACCCGCUUGAGGGGCAGGGAAAGAGAUGGCUAUUGGCCGCCCUGAAAUCUGAGCCCGCUGAAGCUGGGCAGAUACAACUGGUCCCGAGGUCAUGGCCUGGCCAAAGGCAAAAGGAGUGGGGACCUGGCCAGCACCUCAAGGGGACGUGACAUUCCGCAGCUGCCCAGUGGAGCCAAGCAUUCCCUGG